CUCUUCAACCGGCCUACCCACCAUGUCGCACACCACAUUCCCGCGCAUAACCCUGCGCUUAAGCUCUCACGCUUCGCGCUCAACAUCCUCCCGAGCAAUUGGCUCACCACGUCCCCGCCUGCUCCUCCGCACCACUUCCACUCCCCAAUGCAUAGCAAAUGCCACUCGAUCUCUCACCACCAGCCCCAGUCUCCACAAGAAAGCCGGAAAAGCCAACAAAUCCCAUGCGCGGACCGACUCCUCUCCGCCCGUCGCCCCAGGCCGCGCCGGCCAACUCACGCCGGCUGAUGAAGCGUACGACCUUUCGGGGCUGGAGGCGCAGAUACUGAAAGCGAUGGAGAAGCUUACACAUGACCUGAGCCAGCUACGAAGCGGAGGGCGGCUGAACCCGGAGAUUGUGGAGGGUUUGAAGGUCCAGUUGGGGAUGGCAGGAAAGGAUGGGCAUGGCAAGGAGACUGUGAGACUAGGGGAUAUUGCACAAGUCGUGCCCAGAGGAAGGGUACUCAAUGUUAUAGUCGGCGAAGCAGAACACCUAAAACCUAUCUCCACUGCCAUAGCCGCCUCCCCGCACUCCCUCACCCCUCUGGCGCCCGAAUCCUCCUCGCCCCUAACAAUCCAGGUUCCCCUCCCUCCACCAACCGGCGAAUCGCGCCGUGCAGCCGUCGAAGCAGCUUCCAAAGCCGCCGAGCAGGCCGACAAAUGGAUACAGAGCGCGCGGCAAGUGCACCACAAGAAGCUGCGCAAGUUCCAGCUGGAUAAGAGCGUGCUGCCUGAUGAUCUGCAGAAGGCGGGGAAGCUGAUGGAGGAGGUGGUGAAGAAGGGGCAUGCGGAUGUCAAGCGGGUGGUUGACGGGGCGAAGAAGGUGUUGGAGAGUCAGUAGAAAGAGAAAAAAAGGUUUUGUAAGAUAUGAACAAUGGUAUAGGUUCAGUUUUGAUAUUCGGUAUCUAUAACGGUAUUGAGCUCAGCGAGCAUCAGCGGCAUCGUAGCAAUAAAGACAGUUUGCAACGGCUAUUGUACAG